GUUGUAUCUUCAGCUUCAUGUGGGAGAGCACGGAGGAUUAUGYCCUGCAAGGAGACAAGACGAGGAUACUGGCUCUUAGUCAAAGUCACCAGCUGUUUCUCUAUGAAUACACCAUAGAAGAUGGGAAAUUCAACCAGGUUCCGCUGCACGGCUCUAAGGAGGAUGCACUUAAAAAGUUCCUUGAAGUUAAAGACAUUAGCCUCUCUUCAGUUUGGUCUUCCAAGAUCCUGUCUUUUAAGGACAGCACAGGCAUUCUUCUGCUCAAUAACUUCAUUCUUGUACGUUUUACCUUGCCUGGAGAAGACUUGAGCUYGGAGCAGUGUGACUGCCUCACCCUUGAUGUUCCUCCACAAGCUUUGGAAAGAUUGAGAGAUACAAAUUUCUGCAGGGGAAUUCUGUUUUUAUUGGAUAGUUCUGGCUGGAUUUAUGUGUUUGACGCUUUCGACGGCGCCCGGCUUGCGGUGGUUGAUGUCGCGCUCUGCCAGGGAGACCCGCGGGGUGAGGACGCAGCCGCCGUCCUGCCGCUCGCUGCCAUUGAGGUGUCCCUUGAUCUCGGCGUCGCUGUGGUCGUCGGAGCCUCCAACCGGGCCAUUUCUGUGGAUCUGAACUUGUAUUUCAGGCAGUUUCCUAAGCAUUUACUCUGUAAGGAGGAUCCUGAAAGCCUUCCGCUCAAGCCCCCCGAAGGACUCGAUGAGGACGACCUCGCUAGUUCUGCCUACAGCAUGGAGCUUUUGUCGUCCCCUUUCCGGACAGACAGAUCCUGGAAAGCACACUUAUCCUCACUGAGUGAUGCAAUAAAGAGAAGAAAACCAGAUAAUCCAGAUUUGGUGUAUGGCAGUUUGCCUUGGUACGAGUAUUUACCUAAUCUGGAAUAUCCCGAGUCCCUCCUGUAUGUGAGUAACGAGGCAACCACGACUGCUGCUGCACGGGCUGCUAUGCGUGACCCUGCCCAACAAGCAGGAGAUGACGGUACGAAGAGCAGCAGUGGAAAACACCAGUGGAUACAAAUACCUGGCGAGGGAUCCCAAGAGAUGGUGAAACUGGAGUGUAAAUCUGUAACCGCGUUUAAAGCGCUGUUUGUAGUAUUGACAAGUGACAGUGAGUUGACUGUUGCUCUCUGGGAUUUAGUGUCACGAGAUGUGACUUACCACCCCUUYGGCAAAGACUGUGUUUACGUGGAUUGCAGAGAGGCGCCUCUCUGCUUGCUUCUGACAGAGCAUGGUCUCUCCUUAAUACUGUUCAGUUUAAGUCAAGAGGAGUUCCUGAACAGGCUGAUGAUCUACAGCAGCGCGGGAGUCGUCGAUGCCGUUUGCCAUCUCAACGGCUGGGGACGAUGUUCCAUUCCCAUGCACGCGCUCGAGGCUGGUCUGAAGAACCGUCAACUAGACACAGUAGACUUGUUCUUGAAAAGCAAAGAAAGUCUUUUCAGUCUUUCUGCCAGCUGCUCUGGAACUGAACAGGCUGCUGAAACUGCGUCACAGCUAUUCCUGAAAAAUUUGGAAGAGCUAAGUCCAGCCUUAAAUUUGCUUUACUCGGCAAUCAGAGAAAACGAUUUGGAGACUCAAAGUAAGCACUUCUCUGAGCAACUGCUAAACCUCACAUUGACCUUCCUUAACAAACAACUUGCAGGAAUUUUUGAGCAUACAGAAGAACCUGAUAAAYACCUGCAGAAGGCUGCCCGCAUUUUAUCCGAUUACAUUAUUGACCUCAGAGCAUUUGUCAGGCUUCCUCAAGUGCAGACGGAUACCGUGCACACAGAGAGUGAUCUCGAGGAAGAUGAAGAUAUUCUUAUCAUAGAGGAGAGCGAAAAGUGGGAGAAACUCACAACAGAGGAAAUUAUUGCUGAUGCCAUUUUAAGCAGUAGAGUACCUGAGGCCCAGGCCUUCUUUCAUAUACGUAAGCAUCCUGCUGAAGAUAUUACAGAAUUUAUUAAGAAAGGCUUAAAUUUGGUCUAUGACCGUCUUCUGAAGCACAAUACCAAAGAGGCCUCAAAACUUUUAAGAAACAUGGGAUUUGAUGUGAAGAAAGAAUUGCGUAAGAUAUGUUUCUACACAGUUGAUAAGAAUGUGCGAGAUCUGUUGGUGAAAGUAUUAGAAGAAGAAAAAUAUUUUUCUGAAAAAGAGAAGAGGAUGAUAGAUUUUGUGAAUCAGGUUGAAAACUUUUAUUCAGAAUCCUUCCAAGAAAAUACGGAGAUUCAGACUUUCUCUAGUUUCACGAGCUGGAGAAAGGAACAAGAUUUUUCCAGACAAACAGCUGUUUUAGACUCCUUCCUGAAUUGUGAUAAACCUCAGGUUCACAAURGAGAAUUCAGAGUGAUGUUUAACUGGGCUCGGUGGUGGGAUGAGCUUGUUCAGGAAAUGAUUCUUCUCCCCAGAAAAACACGUGAAGAGUGGAAGACCUGUAAUCCCGAGGUUCUUUGGGGGCAUCUGACAGCCCAGCAUGACUGGCUUAGUCUUUGUUCAUGGAUUGAAGAAUCCCACCAGGCUUCAUGUGGRCCAGUUAACUGGCCCCCUCUGACUCCAGACAUUAUUGACAAAAACAUGUUAUGUUGUGGCUACAUGAGAAAUGAAAUAUUAAACAAACUGGCAAGAAAUGGAAUUUUUGUCCUUUCUGAAUUAGAAGAUUUUGAACUUCUGCUCCAAAGAUUGUCUUACCUUGGGGGAGUAAUGCAGAAUCCUCACCCUGUUCCAAAAUACAACACUGCAAGGGGUUUGGACUUCCAUACUCGUUUUGUCCUUCACUGUUUGGAACGUAAUUUGCAAUAUCUAUUAUACACUUACUUAGACUAUUACAGUUUAACUCCUUCAAACUGUCCUAUUUUGGAUAACAAGGAAUUGCAUGAAGCUCAUCCCUGGUUUGAGUUUCUUGUGCAGUGUCGAGGGGUCGCCAGUAACCCACGAGAUCCCAAGAUGAUUUUCCAGGCUAGUCUAGCCAAUGCUCAGAUAUUGAUUCCUAGUAAUCAAGCCAGUGUGAACAGCAUGUUACUGGAAGGACGUACACUAUUAGCGCUUGCAAGCACCAUGUAUGCACCUGGAGGGAUUGAUCAGGUUCUUCAGAGUGAAGAUAAAGAAAGAAGUGUAAAGAAAGUUGAUCCACAGCUCUUAAAAAUGGCCCUGGCUCCCUAUCCCAAGCUCAAAGCUGCUCUCUUUCCCCAGUGUACUUCUCAYGGGAUUUUGCCACCUGACAUCUCUCUCUACCACCUAAUGCAGUCAUUAGUGCCCUUUGAUCCCACUAGAUUGUUUGGCUGGCAGUCCACAAAUACUCUUGCUUUAUCAGAUACAUCAAGUGAUUUUCCUCAUUUUUCUUCCCCCGAAUUGGUGAACAAAUAUGCUGUCGUGGAACGACUGGACUUUUUGUACUAUUUGCACCAUGGACGUCCAUCAUUUGCUUUUGGUACAUUUUUGGUCCAGCAGUUAGUAAAGAGCAAAUCCCCCAAACAGUUGAUUCAGCAAGCAGGGAAGGAAGCCUAUGUCCUCGCCCUUUCUUUCUUUCAUGUACCUUCAAUAGCAGCAGCCUGUGUUUGUUUUCUAGAGUUGCUUGGUCUCGACAGCCUCAAACUCAGAGUUGAUCUUAAAGUUGCAAACAUUGUUUUCAAUUACAAAACUAAAAAUGAGGAAUCUCAGCACAGUGCAAUAAGAGAAGCUUUUGUUGAGAAGUUAACAAAGUUGGUGGAUGAUGAAAAAGCAGCAGCAACAGAAAUUCUUACUUGUUUAGAAGAAGCCUUUUGGGAUACAGUUGAGCAUCAAGGAGUAAAUGAGCUGUCUAAUGACUCCAGAAGGCAGUGGUCUUUGGUAAUGCAGUUCUGUAAACUCCAUAAUACCAGGCUGAGCUCAUCAUACCUAAAGGAAUGUGCUAAAUCCAACGACUGGCUGCAGUUCAUCAUCCAAGCGCAGCUGUACAGCUUCCAGCCRGAUGAGGUCAUUUCUCUGCUUCAAGAUUUCACUCCAGUUUUACGAGAUCACUUGAYGCUGGCAUGGGAGAAGUUGCCCUUUUUGUACCCUGAUGGGGGAAGUUCUCUGAGCGGUGCUGCCAGCACGUYGGAAAGCAGAAAUGAGGAGAGCCUCUUCCAAAUCCUCCUGCAAUGUCAGGGGAACCCCAACCCUUCCUGUUACCUUUUGACUGAAGGAAUGAGGCAGCAUUCUCCCUUUCUCAGUGUAUUAGCAGCGUGUUUUCAAGAUGCCAACAUUAUCCAUUGCCUUUGUGUUUGGAUAAUUACUACUGUGGAUAAUGUUACCAGAGCUGAAGCCACAAACCAUGUUCAGAGCUCAGUAGAAAAUCAUGAAUGGGAUCUUGAUGACCUCUCACUUAUCUGGAAGGUGCUUUUAAGAAAGGAAAAAAGCAGAACACUUAUAAAUGGCUUCCAGCUCUUUUUAAAGGAUUCCCCUUUACUCUAUAUCCUGGACAUGUAUGAACUAUGUAUGAACUUCAAAAAAUACACUGAAGCUAAAACAAAACUGGACAUGUUUCAGACAAGUCUCAUGGAACUUAAAACCGCAGAGGARCAAACACCUCCUCAGUUACCUGUGCAGUGGCUGGAGUCGCAAGCGUCGUUUCUCCUGGAACUGAUGGUGCAGCAGUGCAGAACAGAGUAUGAAUUAGGAAAAAUCUUACAGCUCUUUGCUGCAGCAGGUGAUCUUCUAUUUGACGGCCCUUACGUGAAGAAACUGUGUGCACUUAGUGAGACCCUGCAGGAUUCGUCCAUCUCCAUUAAUCGCUCCAUCCUAACGGGUUACAGUGCAGAGAGGUUUCAGAAUGAGUGCAGAUCCAUUCUGGGGCAGCUGCAGGACAAAGGAAUGUUCUCGCUGGCUCGCAAGGUAGCAGAACUGGCCGAGYUGCCCGUGGACAACGUGGUGACCCAGGAGGUUCUAAGAGAUCUACACCUGUUAAGAAACACUGGACAGUGGCAUCAAAACCACACAAGAGUUGAGUUCUGGAAAAAAUGCAAUGACAGCUUCGUGAAAAAUUCCAUCUCCAGCAAAGCGGCAUCKGAUUUCUUUCUAGAUCAGGCAAAUACAGUGGUUGAAACUUCAGCUCAUGAGAAGAUGAACGCAGUUAUGGAGAAACAUCUGCUGCUUACCCUGGCUGGCCAUUGGCUUGCCAAGAGUGACUCAGUGUCACUGGAUAAAUUAGAAGAAAUAGAGAAGCAGAUCUGGAUUUGUCGCAUCGCCCAACAAACCUUAUCCACCUAUGAAGGGGCAGACAAAUCCGGGUUUUCCUGCCAUGUUUUAGUGAAUGGGGAUCUUACCUUUGAUAGCUUGGCUAAGGAGUUCUGUUUCUCCAAGCUGCCCGCUCUGAACACUCCAAAAUACUUAAAUCUGGAGGGCUUUUUGUUCAGCGACGCGCGGCAGAGCCUGGCUCGCGAGGAGUCGUCAUCGCUGCGGCUCCUCCUGGGGCGCCUGCUGGACCAGGGCAGGGUGCACGAGGCCAGCCGAGCCUGCCACUAUUUCCAGUUCCACGACAGGGAUGUCUCGCUGGUGCUGCACUGCAGAGCCCUGGCCUCGGGGGAGGCUGCUCUCCACCACUUGCACCCGGAUAUUCAGGCCCUCCUCGCGGCGAGAGAGACGGCGGGCGAGGGCCGCUCGCCUCAGCCCGGCCGGGUCCCGAGCACAUCGAGCCUAGAAGAGUGGACGCACCUCGUGGCUCCCAGCGCGGACGAUGGAGUUGUUGUGAGGCUGCAGGCUCUCGCGGACGCCUGUGUGCACGGGAGGAGCUACUGCAGGCAGGUUCUGUGCCUCUACGAGCUCUCCAAGGAACUGAACUGCUCCUACAGCGAGGUGUCCGCUCGCGACCCGGAGACGGUGCUGCGAGCCAUCCUGGCCUCCCGGCAGCCCGAGAGGUGCAGGAAGGCCCAGGCCUUCAUCAGCACGCAGGGGCUGCCGCCCGCCGCCGUGGCCGCGCUCGUGGCCGACGAGAUCGUGCAGGAGCUGCUGGGCUCGGCGCAGGGCACAGGGCAGAAACAGGCUUGGAACCCUGCAGGGGAGAGUCAGGCCUUCCUGCAGCUGGCCAAGCUCUGCAAGGAUCAUACCUUGGUUGGCAUGAAGUUGCUGGAUAAAAUAUCUGCUGUGCCRCGUGGGGAGCUGUCGUGCAUUACAGAGCUGCUGAUUGUGGCCCACAACUGCUUCAGCCUGACGUGCCACAUGGAGGGCAUCACGCGAGUGCUGCGGGCCGCGCGGCUGCUCACGGAGCAGCUCCUGGCGCCGCGGGACGAGUACGGGCUGCUGGUUCGUCUGCUGACCGGCAUCGGCCGCUACACCGAGAUGAGCUACGUGUUCGAGCUGCUGCACGAGAAGCACUACUUCGAGGUGCUCAUGAGGAAGAAGCUGGACACGAGCGGGACCCUGAAGACGGCUCUGCUGGACUACAUCAAGCGCUGCCGCCCCGGAGACAGCGAGAAGCACAACAUGAUAGCCCUUUGCUUCAGCAUGUGUCGGGAAAUAGGAGAGAACCACGAGGCUGCCGCUCGCACUCAGCUGAAACUCAUCGAAUCCCAGCCGUGGGAGGAGUCUCUUCAAGAUGUGGCAAAUUUAAAGAAGCUGCUGAUGAAAGCCCUGACUCUCUUUAUUGAUGCAGCAGAAAGUUAUUCUAAGGACUCGUGUGUCCGCCAGGCGUUACGCUGCAAGCGGCUGACAAGGCUGAUAACCCUGCAGCUGCAUUUCCUGAACACCAGCCAGAGCAGCAUGCUGAUUAACCUGAGCAGGCAGGACGUGAUGGGCUGCGUCCUGUCCUUGCCCCGCUUCUACCAGGCGGCUAUCGUGGCUGAGGCUUACGACUUUGCUCCAGAUUGGGCUGAAGUUCUGUAUCAACAAGUGAUCACUAAGGGUGACUUCAAUUACUUAGAAGAAUUUAAACAGCAGAGGCUGCUCAAGCCUGGCAUAUUUGAGGAGAUUGCRAAGAAAGUUAAACAACACCCACCCACUGAGGCCGCUCUGAAAAACCUGCGGAAGCUGCUUCCUUACUGCGAGGACGUCGCCACCUGCUACCGCCUGGCCUACGAGCACAAGCUCUACGACGUGGUCAACGCGCUCCUGCGGGACGCGCAGACCAGCUGCUGUCUCAACGACCUGCUCGCGAACUAGCUCGCUCGCGGGGCACCUGCACAAGCCCUAGGGACCACGGGUGCUGCUCGUGCGUGC